AAGGUGAUGAUUGCGUUCUCAAUGGACAGGGACUGCCAGUCCAUGAAGCUGUAUGCGGGCCAGGAUUAUGGUGCAUGAAGGAAAGUGACAGUGAUUUUGCUGCAUGUGUUCCGCUUAUAUCAGAUUGCACAAAUGAACAAAGAGAAUAUGACCAAGCUCUGAAAAACGGGACACUGGGGUUUACACAAGUGCGACCCCUGUGUGAUGAGAAGGGGGAUUACCUACCAGCUCAUUGCAUUGGUGGCUCAAUUUGUUAUUGUGUUAAUCCUCAAGGGGAAAGAAUAUUUGGAGAACAAGUAUAUUCGGCUUCCAGCCUGCAAGAGACUAUGACUUGCGAAUGCUCGCUGGCAGCAUGGAAAGCUGAACAGUUUGCUGCAGAAAUGAAAAUGUAUUCACAACCAAUACAUUGCCUUGAGGAUGGAAGUUAUGAUCCACUGCAAUGCAGUACUGAUAGGUGUAGAUGUCUUCAGGCAAGAUCAAAUGUACCUGAUGCUGAUCAUGGCAUUCUUGAAAUUAACAUUAUGGAAGAUAACCCAGCAUGCUUUGACCCCAACAUUCAUCAGAAAGGCAAGUAUAAGAGAGAAUGUGAGGAGAAAGCAUUUAAAAUUAUGCAAGACAAAGAACAACUGCUGUCUGAAGGCAUCCUCCCUAUGGGACUGCGCAUACCAGACUGCCAGUAUGAUGGCCGGUAUAACAGAGUUAUGGUCACAGACACAGAGAAGAUCUGCAUAGAUCCGGAUGGAAACAGUCUAGGUUAUACUGUACUGCGUAACGAUACAUUAUCUGAUGGGAUGGACUGCAACUGUGCCAGAACAAGAUUUUUGAUGGAACGUCAGGGCCUGACAGAGUUGCCAACUUGCUGUGCCAAUGGAAAUUUCAGAAGAAAGCAGUGUCGCCGAGGGCUUUGUUAUUGUGUUGACUGCAAUGGCAACCAGGAAGGAAAGGAAACAGACAGUGCACAGUGCGAUGAUUCCUGUACCAUAUGUUCAAAGUCAAAACAAAAACUGAAGAAUGAACAGAGUUCUAUAUACAAGUGGGAAACACAGAGCAAGGAAAUAUUCCCAUAUUUUUAAUUAAUAGUUAAAUGUGUUUAUGACAUGUUUCUAGGACUCUGUGCAUUUAGACCUGUUUGGAUUUGUAGGUGAAGUAAUUGUAAUUAAUCAGAAAGCAGUAUAAAACACAGAGCUACAAUGAAUUCUUAAUUAUUCAUGACUGCGUUUGGAAGAGAAAUACAUGGUAUAUAAAAGUACAGGGGAAACAAUAAAGAGAACGUGACAAAAUAUUUUCUUUAGUUUGAGCUGUGAUUUUCCUUAUUACAUCAAUUUAAAGUAUGGCUGAAUAGCCUCUGUUUUCCACAUGAGUUUAUCUGCCUAUAGUGAUGAAAGAAUACUAAGAACAGCUAUAAUCUCCAGUUGUAGCACAUCUGUCUCAUGGCUGGUAAGAAUUCCAUAUCUAAGGAAUGCCAGUAAGGUAGAGUGAUAUAUAAGGAAGGAGAAGAACAGGCAGACUGGAAUAUGUGGAUGAUCCAGAGUUACUCGUAUAUCCUUGAAUAACCAAGAGUGCAAAUGUGAGUACUUGAGCAUCAGUUUAUCUUUUUCUUGUCUUCAGAGAUCAGGCAAUUUGAUGCAAGUACUAAUAUCGAGAUACUCUUUGUAAUCUUUCUUUGGUUUUACCCUUAAUUUUUUCCUCUAGGUUUAUAAUUUCAUCUCAUCUUCAGCCACCUGUCUACACAUGCUCUUUCUACAUUUUUCUAUAUGUAUUAAUAAAACUACUAACGUUUUCCACACAUGCCAGUACUUUGUUUCAUGUAUAUCAAGCUACUAAUCUUAAUAAAUAUCACUUUUGCUGCUUCUUUACUUAACUUUGUGUCUCGCUGCUCACAUUAAUGUUUCACUCUCAUAUUUUAACACUAUGUGGGAUGUUGAUGCUGGGAGAGACAACCACAUAAAACAAUAGCAAAUGUUUAUUGUUGUUAGCAUGAAUAUUACAGAUGAACAGCAAAGUAGAGAGUGCCUGAUGAAUGCUGGCAAAAACUCCCUUCAUACCUAGGAAGCCUGAGCUAGUGACGGCGGUGAUAUGGUUGUCCCUCAAAAGGGUCAUUUGUUGGAAGUCGGGCAUGCCUGCUGGAUGCCGGGUGAAGCUCAUGUCACAGUGGGCUAGCCAGUGCUAAUAUCGGCAUUCUUCCUUGCAGCAGGCCCAGACUGCAAGUCAGUGCACCUGCAGAAUGCUGUGUGAAGUUCUUGCAGUAGCAGGCUAGCUUGUGCUAGUGGCAGUGAGGCCAGCUGUCCAGUGAAGCUCCUGCCACGGCUGACUGGCCUUAUGAGCAAUGGCUGCAGCACUGCUACUAGUAGACCUACUAUUGCGGUGUUCUCUUGAUGCAAGCGUAGUUGUGACUGAUGAUAGCAUGCCAGAGGUCCAUGUUUUUAUACUUUGGUCGCUAGGUGGUGCAUGGACCAAUGGGUGUUGGAGUUGCCAUGAUGAGCGGUGACUGGGUAGUGCUUGCUACACUGUGGAAGGCUCCCACAACUGUGGAGUGAUAUCUGGCGAACGAGGUGGCCAGGGAAUUGUCAAAAUUGUCAAAAAUUGUAUAUGACCACUGUGAAUGAAUACAGGAGAUAGCUUUAUGUACCUGAGUUGCUCAGUUGGUAAGGUGACUGGUUUUGAGCUGCAUGGUUAAGGUUCAGUGGCUGAGAAAGGCUAGGAUUAUCUCUUUGUGAGAGGGUCCAGACUGGCUCUGGUGCCUACCUAUCCUCCUAUUGGAUUUGUACUGAUGACAUUUUUCCUUUGGGAUGAGUGGCUGCAAGAUGAAGAUGACCACUCACUGCUAUCUACUUCAAGUGUUACAGUAUUUUAUAUGUUUACUUAGUAAUUAAAAGAGAGACUUAAAUGUUUUUCUCGACUCAACAUGAAUUUUUUCUUCUUUUGGCUCCUUAUGUGCAGAAAUUUCAUACCUUUAACUCAUUUCAGGUCCUGUUAAACUUGUAAGUUUAGAAAACAGUGCCCAUAUUCUCUGAGCUUUCCAUUCUAUUCAUAUAAAUGAAAUAAUUUUCCUGUACCAUACUUGAAUCUAAGUACUGUGCAAGUGUUAUUAUUCUAGCAUAAAUUAUUUUGAAGCUAAUGCUUGGGUUAUGAAGUAAACAAAAUUAUGAAGCUUGAUGUGAAGUUAACACCAACAUUGAUAAAGAGAACUGACAAAUAUGAAGUAGACAACUGAAUUCACCUCAGGCAAAUCAAUGUUUACUGUGUGUGAAAUCAUGAAUAAUAUUGAAGUUCAAACUCUUUUAAGACAGAUAUUUAACAAAUGAAGGUAAUGACACCUACUUGUUAUAGCAUUAUAGGUUUUUUAAUACUAAUAGGCAAAUUAAACUCUGAAUUUACAUCUCUAUACGAGGGGGUACCCAAAAGAAACCGAACUUAUUUUUUUUUAAACUU